CCAAGAUAACAUACUCCUAUGCCGGUGAGGGGUGAAAUUAUCCCUUCCCCGGCAUUCUUCGAUGCCGGAAUAUGCUCCGAUGCCCCACAAACUCCUUCCAACCAAUCAAUCCCCUCUAAACAACCACCCCCAAUUCGCAAAUCUGACCGAGCUGCAUCGAGCGGGCCUCCUCAGUCUCUUGGCUCUUGCUUGGAUUCGCUUCCUUUCUUGAGCUUGGAUUUGUUGGAUUUCUUUCUUGUUCUUGGGUUUAGAUUGUCCAUAAGUGUUGAUCUGUCCAGGCGGCUGCGUUCGUUGAAUUAGGCUGCAGAUUGGAGGUAGCUCUGGACGGUGGUGGUUCCUGAUCCCGCCCUAGUAGUUUCAUGAUUUUAUCGCGCCAAUCGCUAGCAGGAUUGGUGUAAAGGUUAGAUCUUUGGAAGGAUUUGACUGUGAAGAUUGGAUUCUUAGGUGGUUAUCCUUAAUUUCGAAUUUCAGAGUUCAUAGAUUUCGUGCAGUUCGUCUUAUUGAAAGGAAUCAGGAUUGCAUUUUGUUCGCAAUUUGGAUUGUUCUCAUGGUUGUGGAUUGAACUUGGAUGCGGCGAAAGGCUUGAUUCUAUUUGAUAUGGGUGGCCGUCGCCGCCCUUAAUGCCCUUGCUAGAGGUCGGAGCACCCCGUGGUUUGAUGGUCUGUGCUGUCCGAGAGCUCGUCGGCGGUUGGCAAGAUGUAUGCCGUGGGGAGGGUGAUCUCCACCGUCUCCGGUCCGUUCCACCCGUUCGGUGGUGCGGUCGACAUAGUCGUCGUGCAGCAGCAGGACGGCAGCUUCAAAAGCUCGCCAUGGUACGUGCGGUUCGGCAAGUUCCAGGGGGUUCUCAAGACGAGGGAGAAGGUGGUCAGCAUUGCCGUCAAUGGUGUCGAAGCCGGGUUCCACAUGUAUUUGGAUAGCAAUGGUGAGGCUUACUUCCUCAGGGAUGUGGACCCAAAUGCCGAGGAAGGGGAAUUUGUUGUCUCCCCUGCCUCAUCUGGAGAUGAACGCGAGGUGCCAAUUCAGGAAGCUCAGUUGAGGAAGUCUAAGAGCACUUCAUUUGAUAGCUCAACCAUGGAAGCCAAUGUUGGGGAUGUCAAGAUGCUCGCAAGGACAACCUCAAGGCGGACCACCAUACUUGAACGGAUGUUUGGUCGGAAAUCAGUUAAGAACAAUGCCCAUGUUGUGGAUAGGGUGAGCUCAUUAGAGCGUGCAGAGAUUGCUGCCGAACUCCUUGAUACAAAGUGGUCGACAAAUCUCUCACGUGGUUCGAAAAUUCAUAGUUCUAUUGAUGAACCUUCUAAAAGCAAUGUGAUUGAUGCUGGCAAUAGUGACCAGGUGGAAACCUCGAAAACUGUAUUGCCAGAACACAGCUUUGAUAAUGGAAAAGAGUUGGGCUCCAACUGCGACAGUGCUGACUGCAAUUUCUGUAGCCCUCGUGGAGAACGAAACAGCUCGGCAGAUGACACUGAUCAUUGUUUACAAACCACUAGUGUGAAAGAAGAGGUUGUUGAGAUAUACACACAUGAGAGUAGCGACUUCACUGAUAGGAUCCCCUCAACCAAGGACCAACCAGAAUCAGAAUCUUUGUCAAAUGAUCUGGGAACAGAUAAAUGUAUACAUGAAUCUGUUGAUACUCAAGGUGAGUUGCUGCAUAAUUGUGAAGAUGUUGUAGGAAUGGAAAUGCAUACAGAUGGGGUUCUUUCCAAUGGCAUUUUUGAAAUCCAUACUGUCAAGACAGACAUUACAAGUGGUAAGAGUGAGGUGGUUUCACAGUUUGUUACUGUAGAUUCAGAUGGAACCAAUCAAAACUUUACAGAUGCAAAUUCACCAACUUAUGGCACCACAGAUGUAUCAACUGAAAGGCAUGAGGUUUCAUUGAAACCUUCUCCACAAGAUGCAGUUCAAGAGAAAGUGGUCAUUGUCAGCAGUUCUGAGACUGUGGAGUACGCCGUGUCCAGUAUUUUAGUUGGCAAAGUUCAUGAUGCUGCAGAUGUCUCAUUGGCUGUUGGUGUACAACACGAAGAGCCCACCAGAGUCUCUGAUGGGAGAAUAGAACAGCUAAUUUCUGAGGAAAGAUCAUUAGCAUGUUACAGUGCUCCCAGCAGCGAAGAAGACACAAUUAAUGUGGUUGGUCAAGACCAAGAAGCUUUUGUCUUAGAAGAUUCUACUUCUCAAAUCUUGCAAGCUAAUGGUCCAGAUAUGAAUAUUUCUAUUGGCACUGUUGCGGGUACCGACUCAGCUCAUGAUUUAGCUUGUCAGCAUGAUGUCGUUUGUACUGAUGCUUCUUCUAGUGAUGAGAUAUUAAGUUAUAUGCCUGAAAAUGAUCUUGAAGGUGUAACAAAGGACUCAACUGAUGAAAAUAAAGCAUACAAUGGAGAGCUUGAUGUUUCUGUUACUCAGACCUUGACAAUGGAAGAUGGACCCAGAGAAUGCAUUCCCCAAUCAGCUAUUUUUUCUAAAAAGGUAGAAGUAGAAAGUUUACCAAUUGUUACUGGGUUUUCCAGUUUGGGCAAAAUGGAAGCACAAAACACAAAAAUAGAAGAUGAUGCAAACAGAUCUGGUUCUGUUAGUGGAGUCGAAAUCGGGUCUGUGCCUGAGGCUAUAGCUGAGCCUAGGGAAGAAGCAGAAGCAGUUGUACCUAUCUCUGAGUUUACAGAGGAAAUUCAGUUUCAAUUUAGUGAUACAGAAAGUUUUGCUGAUAGAAAAGCCAUGGAUGACACAAUAUCUAUCAAAACAGAAGGUGAAGGAGAACAUGAUGAAUCUGAUUGUGACGCAGAAGAACAGGAAGGAGGUGAUAUAGAUCUUGCAAAUGACCUAGAAAAUUGUUCUGAUCCAUUAAGGCCUGAGACUAGGCCUGUUCCUAUUCCUGGAAGCGAGUUGCACUCAGGAGAUAAGAACACAGUGGUCAAAUCUCUACCAAAUCUCCGCUCUCACAUACAUGAUCUUGAACGGUCCGAUAAUUUUCAGCUAAGCCGCUCACUACAGUCAGAUGCUGAAAAUAAUGGGGUUGACUCAGUGAAGAGUACGGACUCUGCUUUUCCAGAGAACGAACCAGAAGCUACUGGUGAUUCAGAUGAAAAUAGCAACCCACCUGAGCUUACCAGCAAUGCACUACCUGAUAACAAGCAUGCCGAUGAUCUGAAAGUUGAUUCAUUCAACCCUUUUGCCGAAUUAUCCCUAUGCAGGCACCUGUUAACUGAAGGGAUGGGAGAGGAUGCUGCUCGCAGAGCAUUUGAUUCUGAGAAGGUAACCGUAGAGAAGUUCCGUACCAUGAAGCAGUCACUAAUAAGAAACAACAAGCUAGUUGUUAGGAUUGCUGGCCGUUAUUUUCCCUGGGAUGCAGCUGCACCUAUUGUACUCGGCAUGAUUUCUUUCAGCGAGGAACAAGUUUUUGAACCCCAAGGUAUGAUAAAAGUGGAGCAAGUUGAGCCAAAUGCAGUACAAGGUGGCAGCUGGAGAAUCUGGCCAUUUAGUUUCAGACGGACAAAGACUAUUAGUGCUGUCCAGCCAGUUUGUGAAAGCACUGUUGAGGAUGCCUUAUCGACUCUGGUUAAAGAAGCAGAUAGAGAAAGGAAUAAAUCCAGGGCAAAGAGGAUGGAGAGGAAGGUGCGAUCACUCGCUCCAACAUCUGAGGAGCUUGCAUCUCUUGAUCUCAGAGAGGGAAAGAACGUGGUCACAUUUACCUUCUCAACUGCAAUGCUUGGGAGACAGCAGGUCGAUUGUCGCAUAUAUUUGUGGAAAUGGAAUACGCGCAUUGUCAUAUCAGAUGUGGAUGGAACUAUCACCAAGUCUGAUGUUCUUGGCCAGUUCAUGCCACUGGUUGGUGUUGAUUGGUCCCAAAAUGGAGUCGCUCAUUUGUUUUCUGCAAUAAAGGAAAAUGGAUACCAACUGCUAUUUCUGAGUGCACGCGCUAUUUCACAGGCUCACCUGACGAGGCAGUUUCUUUUCAACCUAAAGCAGGAUGGCAAAGCACUUCCUGAUGGCCCUGUUGUUAUAUCUCCAGAUGGUCUCUUCCCUUCACUUUACAGAGAAGUCAUCAGAAGAGCUCCUCAUGAAUUCAAGAUUUCAUGCCUAGAGGCUAUCAAAGCUUUAUUUCCUCCUGACUCCAAUCCAUUCUAUGCUGGAUUUGGGAAUAGAGAUACAGAUGAGCUUAGUUACCUCAAGGUUGGGAUUCCCAUGGGCAAAAUCUUCAUAAUAAACCCCAAGGGCGAAGUUGCAGUGAAUCGGCGGGUUGAUACAAAGUCAUACACGUCCCUGCAUGCUCUUGUCCAUGGGAUGUUCCCUCCAAUAUCAUCAUCAUCUGAGCAGGAGGACUACAAUACCUGGAAUUUCUGGAAAAUGCCGUUGCCAGCUAUUGAUAUUUGAGCCACAGUGAAGUCUGAAAACAGCGCUCUAAUUUUAUGCUGAGCCGCAGUGAUCAGAAGGCAACCAUGGUGAAGGUAGCACCCUAAGGCCAAUCACUGGUUGGUUACUUGCGGAUGCUCCUGAUAUAAACUCCUGCAAGAUUGACACGGUAUAUAUAGGAUCAUAAUAGCCGACUUGCAACCUGAACACCGAUGAGGCAGCAUAAGCAAUGUAUCUAUUUGUUGUGACUCCAUUUGUUGUAGUAGGACUGGAAAUCAUACCUCCAGGUUGCACAAACGGGAACAGGAAAAAGAUCCCUCCAUGCCCUGUAACUGAAAGGUGUAUAAUUUACUGAAUGGAGGGAUCUAAUAGAGGUGUUGUUUCUCGUGGGAUUUGAUUCCAUCUUUCUUGAUGUAAUUGUACUGCCCUGCCAUUCAAUAAUGCAAUAGAAAGUCAGCUCUGUUCAUAUGCUUAAAGCAUA